CAAGUUUCCUGCUCAGUUCUGUUAAGGCUUUGCUGGGAUGAGGAGUGAAUGCUCUCCCUACUGCAAGGAGCUUGAACUCCAAGAGACCCCCUGGUAGCAGGAUCUAAGACCCCCAGCAUCAGCACCAGAACCCACCCCUUGGAUCAAGCAGAAGAACCUUUUUGGAUUGUGCUGGAUCUACCAAACCCUGGAUUUUACUCAUCAAGGCACCACCCUGCCCAUUACAUCCCACCUGGAGCCCCUACAAUCUCUGGAUAUACCCCUUUACUUGGAGCUCAGGGGGGGACCUUUCACCCCUUCCUCCAUCCCCAUCAUUAUUACUUUGGGCGUUCAUGUAAAGUGGAGGUGAGCUAUGCUUUUGGGAAGCCAGGAAUCCGUUAAAUUAAGGUGCCGUUUGCUAUCAUGACUGAUGGCGAGAGAAGAGAACCUUUCCAGCCGCUGGCCGGAGAUGAUAUCAGGGUUCCUAUACCCCCCAUGCCACCGGCGGGGGAUCCCGGAGAAGAAGAGGAUGGGGGAAGUGCAGAAAAAUCAGCUCUGGGAAGUUUGGGCUCAGGGGAAUCUUCAAGCAGAAGUCGGGAACAAGGUCAGGGCUCUGAGGAAGGUGAACAGGUCCCGUACCCAGCGUUGGCUCCCACUGUAUUCUUCUGUCUUAAACAAACCACCCGUCCACGCAGCUGGUGUCUUCGACUGGUCUGUAACCCGUGGUUUGAGCACGUCAGCAUGCUGGUCAUUUUGCUGAACUGUGUCACCCUCGGGAUGUUCCAGCCCUGUGAAGACGUGGAGUGUUUGUCAGAGAGAUGCACAAUCCUUGAGGCAUUCGAUGGCUUCAUCUUCGCUUUCUUUGCGGUGGAAAUGGUCAUUAAGAUGAUAGCAUUGGGCAUCUUCGGGCAGAAGUGUUACCUGGGAGACACGUGGAACAGACUGGAUUUUUUUAUCGUCAUGGCUGGGAUGAUGGAAUACUCUCUGGACGGACACAACGUCAGCCUGUCUGCCAUCCGCACUGUCCGAGUUUUACGGCCGCUAAGAGCCAUUAAUAGAGUCCCAAGUAUGAGAAUACUGGUGACCCUGCUGUUAGAUACUCUGCCUAUGUUAGGCAACGUCCUUCUCUUGUGUUUCUUUGUGUUUUUCAUCUUCGGGAUUGUCGGCGUCCAGCUCUGGGCGGGGUUACUCCGAAACCGGUGUUUCAUUGACCAAGAUUUCGCAAAACUCUCGGAAAAGCUGGGCGACCACCCUGGUGGUCAUAUUGGUUGUCGCUAA